AUGCCCCGCGGCGCCGAAUACGACAACGGAGUCCCCCAAUCCGACAACGCCAUCGACCCCGGCCAGACCAAGGUCCACGGCACCAACCCCGAGAACGACCACCUCAACCGGGUGCAACGCACCGCCGAACUCCCCGAGGCGGCUCAGAGCAGCGGCGGCACGUACAGCGCGCAGGGCAGCUCGGGGCCGACCAAGUCCGGAAGCGGAAAGGGGGGCCAUGAGCCGAAGACGCUGGGGGAGAAGAAGGGACUGGGGGCUCAAUAA